GCAUUACGUUUUUUUCCAUACUUAAGCGGUAACGCUGUCAUUACAGCUGCAUUACUGACGUUCAGCCUUAUAUCCAACAGGAAGUCAUCCAGCGCGCGUUACCCGCGGUCAAGCAGGAAGUUUUUGAUGUACAUAUAUUGGUAAAUUUCAGUGAUACAAAAACAGAACAAUGGCAGAUAAAGAGCUUGAGAGAAUCAGGCCUCUCUUUGUGGCCAAGGUGUCCAAAGAAGUAAUAAAUCAACUCCUGGAUGGCCUUUUGCACGAUGGUGUGUUGAAUGAUGGGGAGAAGGAUGCAGUGGUUGAAGAGAACGACAGCAGAGCGGAUAAAGCACGCUGUCUCAUCGACAAGGUGAAGAGGAAAGGACAUGAAGCCAGCAGCAAGAUGAUUGCUCACCUGAAAAGUACGGAUAAUACACUAUACUGUGAGUUGGGUCUGUCCAACGUCCAGCCUGGUCAGCCAGCUGCAGCAGGCCCGGUGGCUCAGAGUGGAUCAGCUUCUUCAGUCUCCAGCGUGGAAAAGUUCUGGAAGUCCAAACAGGACAAUCCAGAGGUCUAUCCUGUGACCCAAACCUCCUUGAGGAACCGCGUAGCUCUGCUGAUCACUAAUGUCAAGUUUUCUGAGAACUUAAUAAUCAGACGGGGAGCAGAGAAAGACGAGGAGAACAUGGAGAAACUGCUUUCUAAUCUGGGAUAUGAGGUGGUGAAAUACACAAACCUCACUGGAAAGGCGAUCGAUGAGGCUUUAAUUGAAUUCACUAAACAUCCCAAACUAAAACACACCGACAGCGUGUUUGUGGUUAUCAUGUCUCAUGGGCAGCUGGGGAAAAUUCUUGGGGUUGACUGGAAAGAGGAAAAACCAGAUGAAUUUCCAAUCAACAACAUUUUCAAACACUUGGGCUCCAAGGGCUGUCCAGCGCUAAUAGAUAAACCAAAGGUCAUCAUCAUACAGGCCUGCAGAGGAGAACGAGGAGGAAGGGUUCUGGUCAGUGACAGUCCAAACACAGCGGAUUAUUUUUCGCCACCUGGAGACCUUGAAGCAAAUAAGUUUCAACAUUUACCUUUGGAAAAAGACUUCAUUUAUCUUUUCUCUGACAUGCCAGAAAUUAUAUUCUUCAGACAAAAUCGGGAGUCUUUCAUCGAGAACAUUGUAAAUGUUUUCAGGACAAAGUCAUAUCAGAAAGAUAUUUCUCAGCUUUUUGAAGAGGUUGUCCAUUCCUUUACACACACUGGACUUCUUGGUCGACCACAGAUGCCAGCCAUAAUUAGAUGCACAUUGAUAAAACACUUUUAUCCCCUUACGGGAAUCAGGUAUGUAGCAUCUUGUUGAAACUCAUAAUCUUAACAAAACGCUUCAGUCAGAGGCGCAAAAAGGGGGUAUGCAGCGUAUGCAACGCAUAGGUGCGCAGCACCAGAGGGGGCGCCAAAACCCCGUCUGGAGGGGGUGACGC